UCACAGAUUUGCCCAGCGUACUCUUUUCUCUUUGUUGCCACUGGGAAGUGACCUGCAGCUAUGAGUUCGGAUGCGGAGAUGGCGGUUUUUGGGGUCGCCGCACCCUUUCUGCGCAAACCUGAGAGGGAGAGAAUUGAAUCGCAGAACAAACCUUUCGAUGCUAAGACUGCGGUGUAUGUGGUCGAGCCGAAAGAGCUCUUUGUCAAGGGCAUUCUCCAGAGUAAGGAAGGGGGCAAAGCCACCGUCAAAACCGAGGGCGGCCAAACUUUAACUGUCAAAGACAGUGAAGUAUUCCCCAUGAACCCCCCCAAGUUCGAUAAAAUAGAAGACAUGGCUAUGAUGACCCACCUGAAUGAGGCAUCUGUGCUGUAUAACCUCAAAGAGCGUUAUGCAGCCUGGAUGAUCUAUACCUACUCUGGGCUGUUCUGCGUCACCGUCAACCCCUACAAGUGGCUCCCUGUAUACAACCCAGAAGUUGUGGCAGCCUACAGAGGAAAGAAGCGUCAAGAAGCCCCACCACACAUCUUCUCCAUCUCGGACAAUGCCUACCAGAACAUGCUGACUGAUCGUGAAAACCAGUCAAUCCUCAUCACCGGAGAAUCCGGAGCUGGGAAGACAGUAAACACAAAACGUGUCAUUCAGUACUUUGCAACAAUUGCAGCGAUUGGGGACAAGAAGAAAGAAGCCACGCCAGGCAAAAUGCAGGGGACUUUGGAGGAUCAAAUCAUUCAAGCCAACCCUCUUCUGGAGGCCUUUGGAAACGCAAAAACAGUGAGGAAUGACAACUCCUCUCGAUUUGGUAAAUUCAUCAGAAUUCAUUUCGGGACCACAGGCAAACUGUCUUCAGCAGACAUUGAGACCUAUUUGCUUGAAAAAUCAAGAGUAACAUUUCAGCUGUCGGCCGAGAGGAGCUACCACAUCUUCUACCAGAUCAUGUCCAACAAGAAGCCAGAGCUCAUCGAAACUCUUCUUGUUACAACGAAUCCCUACGACUACCCCUUUGUCAGUCAAGGAGAGAUUAGCGUUCCCAGUAUAGACGAUACCGAGGAGCUGAUGGCGACGGACAAUGCCAUUGAUAUUCUUGGAUUCACUCCGGAGGAGAAGAUUGGCAUCUACAAGCUGACCGGUGCUGUCAUGCAUUACGGCAACAUGAAGUUCAAGCAGAAGCAGCGAGAGGAGCAGGCUGAGCCCGAUGGCACUGAAGUGGCUGACAAAGCAGCUUACCUCAUGGGCCUCAACUCUGCGGACCUUCUCAAAUCCUUGUGUUACCCCAGAGUGAAAGUGGGAAAUGAAUAUGUGACCAAGGGCCAGACAGUUCAACAGGUCCACAACGCUGUGGGUGCCUUGGCCAAAUCCGUCUAUGAGAAGAUGUUCUUGUGGAUGGUGGUCCGUAUCAACCAGAUGUUAGACACCAAGCAGCCAAGGCAGUUCUUCAUCGGUGUGCUGGACAUCGCUGGUUUUGAGAUCUUUGAUUUCAACAGCUUGGAGCAGCUCUGCAUCAACUUCACCAACGAGAAGCUGCAGCAGUUCUUCAACCACCACAUGUUUGUCCUGGAGCAAGAAGAGUACAAGAAGGAGGGCAUCGAGUGGGAGUUCAUUGACUUUGGUAUGGACUUGGCAGCCUGCAUUGAGCUCAUUGAGAAGCCCAUGGGUAUCUUCUCCAUCCUGGAAGAGGAGUGCAUGUUCCCAAAGGCCACAGACACUUCCUUCAAGAACAAGCUGUAUGACCAGCAUCUGGGCAAGUCCAACAACUUCCAGAAGCCCAAGCCCGUCAAAGGCAAGCCUGAGGCCCACUUCGCCCUGGUCCACUAUGCCGGCACUGUGGACUACAACAUCUCUGGCUGGCUGGACAAGAACAAGGACCCCCUGAAUGAAACCGUUGUGGGGCUCUUCCAGAAAGCCUCCCUCAAGCUGUUGGGUACGCUCUACACAGGCUAUGCUGGAUCAGAAGGUGAGUGUUGUGGAAAGAAAGGUGGCAAGAAGAAGGGGUCUUCUUUCCAGACAGUGUCUGCACUCUUCAGGGAGAAUCUGAACAAGUUGAUGACCAACUUAAGAAGCACUCAUCCCCACUUUGUGAGAUGUCUAAUUCCCAACGAGACCAAAACACCAGGUGCCAUGGAAAACCAUCUGGUCAUACACCAGCUGAGAUGUAAUGGAGUGCUGGAAGGAAUCCGUAUCUGUCGGAAAGGCUUCCCAAGCAGAAUUCUGUAUGGUGACUUCAAGCAAAGAUAUAAAGUGCUAAAUGCCAGUGCAAUCCCAGAGGGACAGUUCAUUGACAGCAAGAAGGCAUCCGAGAAGUUGCUGGGCUCCAUCGAUGUGGAUCAUACCCAGUAUAAAUUUGGACACACCAAGGUGUUCUUCAAAGCAGGUCUGCUGGGCACCUUGGAGGAGAUGAGAGACGACAAGCUGGCCCUGCUCAUUACUCGCACUCAAGCUGUGUGUCGAGGUUACGUGAUGAGGAAGGAGUUCCAGAAAAUGAUGGAGAGAAGAGAAGCGAUUUUCUCCAUCCAGUACAACAUCCGCUCCUUCAUGAACGUCAAGCACUGGCCAUGGAUGAAGCUCUACUUCAAGAUCAAGCCUCUCCUGAGGAGUGCCGAAGCUGAAAAGGAGUUUGCCAACAUGAAGGAGGAGUUUGCCAAGUGCAAGGAAGACCUGGCCAAGUCUGAGGCAAAGAGGAAGGAGCUUGAGGAGAAGAUGGUGUCCCUCCUCCAGGAGAAGAACGACCUGCUGUUGCAAGUCCAGUCUGAAAGCGAGAGCCUUGCAGAUGCUGAAGAGCGAUGUGAAGGUCUCAUCAAAAGCAAGAUCCAGCUGGAGGCCAAGGUGAAGGAGAUCAAUGAAAGGCUGGAAGACGAGGAAGAAAUGAACGCCGAGCUGACAGCCAAGAAGAGGAAACUGGAGGACGAGUGCUCAGAACUCAAGAGGGACAUUGAUGAUCUGGAACUCACCUUGGCCAAAGUGGAGAAGGAGAAGCAUGCCACCGAGAACAAGGUUAAAAACCUAACUGAAGAAAUGGCGACCCAAGAUGAGCACAUCGCCAAGCUGACCAAGGAGAAGAAAGCCCUCCAAGAGGCACACCAGCAGACUCUGGAUGACCUACAAUCAGAGGAGGACAAAGUCAACACCCUGACCAAAGCCAAGUCCAAGCUGGAGCAACAAGUCGAUGAUCUGGAAGGCUCCCUGGAGCAGGAAAAGAAACUCCGCAUGGACCUUGAGAGAGCCAAGAGGAAGCUGGAAGGGGAUCUCAAACUGGCUCAGGAGUCCAUCAUGGACUUUGAAAACGACAAGCAGCAAAUGGAAGAGAAGCUCAAGAAGAAGGAGUUUGAAAUAAGCCAACUGCUAAGCAAGAUUGAAGAUGAACAGGUGUUGGGUUCCCAGCUUCAGAAGAAGAUUAAGGAACUGCAGGCACGCAUCGAGGAGCUUGAGGAAGAAAUCGAGGCGGAACGAGCUGCAAGAGCAAAAACCGAAAAGCAGAGAGCCGACCUGUCCAGGGAGCUGGAGGAGAUCAGCGAGAGGCUGGAGGAAGCCGGUGGUGCCACCUCCGCCCAGAUUGAGAUGAACAAGAAGAGGGAGGCCGAGUUCCAGAAACUUCGCCGUGACCUUGAGGAGUCCACCCUGCAGCACGAGGCCACCUCCGCCGCCCUGCGCAAGAAACACGCCGACAGUGUGGCCGAACUUGGGGAGCAGAUCGAUAGCCUGCAGCGUGUAAAGCAGAAGCUGGAGAAGGAGAAGAGCGAAUACAAGAUGGAGAUCGACGACCUGUCCAGCAACAUGGAGUCGGUGGCAAAGGCGAAGUCCAAUCUGGAGAAGAUGUGCCGCACUCUAGAGGACCAAAUGAGCGAGUUAAAGACGAAGAACGAUGAAAACAUUCGACAGCUCAAUGACAUCAAUGUCCACAGGGCGCGACUUCAGACAGAGAACGGGGAGUUUGCUCGGCAGCUGGAAGAAAAAGAGGCGAUGGUCUCCCAGCUGACACGUGGCAAACAGGCUUUCACUCAGCAAAUUGAGGAGCUCAAGAGACAUAUGGAGGAGGAAGUCAAGGCCAAGAACGCUCUGGCUCAUGCCUUACAAUCCGCUCGCCAUGACUGCGACCUUCUCCGUGAACAAUAUGAGGAGGAGCAAGAGGCCAAGGCCGAGCUGCAGCGCUCCAUGUCCAAGGCCAACAGCGAGGUGGCUCAGUGGAGAACCAAAUACGAGACUGACGCCAUCCAGAGAACAGAGGAGUUGGAGGAUGCCAAGAAGAAGUUGGCCCAACGCCUUCAAGAGGCUGAGGAGCACAUUGAGGCUGUGAACUCCAAGUGUGCCUCUCUGGAGAAGACCAAACAGAGACUUCAGAGUGAGGUGGAGGACCUGAUGAUUGACGUGGAGAGGGCAAAUGCUCUGGCCGCUGCUCUCGACAAGAAGCAGAGGAACUUUGACAAGGUUCUGGCCGACUGGAAGCAGAAGUUCGAGGAGGGCCAGGCAGAGCUGGAAGCAGCCCAGAAGGAGGCCCGUUCUAUGAGCACCGAGCUCUUCAAGAUGAAGAACUCUUAUGAGGAGGCAUUAGAUCAACUGGAGACCAUGAAACGGGAGAACAAGAACCUGCAGCAGGAAAUAUCCGAUCUUACUGAGCAGAUUGGAGAGAAUGGAAAGAUUAUCCAUGAACUGGAGAAGGGGAAGAAGCAGGCUGAAGCUGAGAAGGCUGAAAUUCAAAGUGCCCUGGAGGAAGCCGAGGCUUCUCUGGAACACGAGGAAUCUAAAAUCCUGCGUAUCCAGCUUGAGCUGACCCAGGUGAAGUCAGAGGUGGACCGAAAGAUAGCUGAGAAGGACGAGGAGAUAGAACAGAUCAAGAGGAACAGCCAGCGAGCUCUUGAGACUAUGCAGAGCGCUUUGGACGCCGAGAUUAGGAGCAGAAAUGAUGCCUUAAGGAUCAAGAAGAAGAUGGAGGGAGACCUAAACGAAAUGGAAAUCCAGCUGAGCCACGCCAACCGCAUAGCAGCGGAGGCCCAGAAGCAACUCAGGAAUGUCCAAGGCCAGCUUAAGGAUGCCACCCUUCAUCUUGAUGAUGCCCUCAGAGCUCAAGAGGAGCUAAAGGAACAAGUGGCCAUGGUGGAGCGCAGGAACAAUCUGAUGCUGUCAGAAAUUGAGGAGCUGAGAGUGGCCCUGGAGCAGACAGAGAGGGGCCGCAAAGUGGCGGAACAAGAGCUGCUUGAUGCCAGCGAGCGGGUGCAGCUUCUGCAUUCCCAGAAUACAAGUCUGAUCAACACCAAGAAGAAGCUGGAGGCGGACAUCUCCCAACUCCAAAGUGAGGUAGAUGAUGCCAUUCAAGAGGCAAGAAAUGCAGAAGAGAAGGCUAAGAAGGCCAUUACUGAUGCUGCUAUGAUGGCAGAAGAGCUUAAAAAGGAGCAGGAUACCAGUGCCCACCUUGAAAGAAUGAAGAAGAAUCUGGAUAUCACAGUAAAGGAUCUCCAGCACCGUUUGGAUGAGGCUGAGCAGCUGGCUAUGAAGGGCGGCAAGAAGCAACUCCAGAAGCUUGAAGCCAGGGUACGCGAGCUGGAAAAUGAGCUGGAAGCUGAGCAGAGGCGCGGCGUGGAGGCCAUCAAAGGUGUCAGGAAGUACGAGAGGCGGGUGAAGGAGCUCACCUAUCAGUCCGAGGAAGACAGGAAGAACAUCCUCAGACUGCAGGACCUGGUUGACAAGCUGCAGCUCAAAGUGAAGGCUUACAAGCGACAGUCAGAAGAAGCGGAGGAGCAGGCAAAUACUCACCUGUCCAAGUAUAGAAAGGUCCAGCAUGAGCUCGAGGAAGCGGAGGAGCGGGCCGACAUUGCAGAGUCCCAAGUGAACAAGCUGCGGGCCAAGAGCCGCGACAUCGGGAAGGGAAAAGAAGCAGAAGAAUAGAAGAAAACUGAGCUGCUCGGUCGGAGGGGACUUUCAUAUAAUAUGAAACAUACCCUCAAGCCAAGCCACCAUUGUCCUUAACGCUGUGAAUAAAAUAAAGUUCUGUGCAUUUUA